CUGGCGCAUCUCCUCCCGGCUCCGGCCAUGUACAGCAUGUUGGAGGGUGAGCUUAAGCCCCCCCAGCCCAACCCCGGAGGCGGCUCUGCUGGGAACGGCGUCCCGGGCGGCGCCGGCAAAGGAGUCGGGGGCGGCGGAGGUGGCGGCGGCGGAGGAGGAGGAGGAGGCGGCGGAGGGAACGGCGGGACGGACCAGGACCGGGUGAAAAGGCCUAUGAACGCCUUCAUGGUGUGGUCGCGGGGCCAAAGGCGCAAAAUGGCCCAGGAGAACCCCAAGAUGCACAACUCGGAGAUUUCCAAGCGCCUGGGAGCCGACUGGAAGCUGCUGAGCGACUCGGAGAAGCGGCCCUUCAUCGACGAGGCUAAGCGGCUCCGAGCAGUCCACAUGAAGGAAUAUCCGGAUUAUAAAUAUCGUCCCCGUCGGAAGACGAAGACGCUGCUCAAGAAAGACAAAUACUCUUUACCGGGCAACCUUCUGGCGACUGGCGGCGCCGGUGGAGGAGCAGUAAGUAGCCCCGUCGGGGUCGGGCAGCGCCUGGACUCUUACGCGCACAUGAAUGGCUGGCCCAACGGCGCGUACGCUUCGCUGAUGCCGGAGCAGCUGGGCUACAGCCAGCACCCGGCCAUGGGCAACGCGCAGCUCCAGCCCAUGCACCGCUACGACGUGAGCGGCCUCCAAUACAGCCCCAUCAUGUCGAGCGCGCAGCCCUACAUGAGCGCAGCCGCUUCCACCUACAGCAUGUCCCCCGCGGCCGCCGCCGCCGCCGCCGCCGCCUACGGGCAGCAGCCGUCGGGGCACUCCAUGAGCCUGGGGACUAUGGGCUCGGUGGUGAAAUCGGAGCCCAGCUCGCCGCCGCCGGCCAUUGCCUCGCACUCCCAGCGGGCCUGCCUGGGAGACCUGAGGGAUAUGAUCAGCAUGUACCUGCCCCCGGGGGGAGACGCGGCGGACCCGUCGACGCUCCAGGGCACCCGGCUACACAGCGUCCACCAACACUAUCAGAGCGCCGGGACUUCUGUGAACGGCACCGUGCCACUAACUCAUAUCUAG